CCUCUACCCGGAGGCAGCGCGGCCGGCAGAUCCAAUGGCUGUCCCACCAUCAUACAGUGACUUGGGAAAGUCUGCCAGGGAUGUAUUCAACAAGGGAUAUGGAUUUGGAAUGGUCAAGUUAGAGUUGAAGACCAAGUCUUCCAGUGGGGUGGAAUUCAAUGCAACUGGUUCUUCCAACACAGACACAGGCAAGGCUUCAGGCAGUCUAGAGACCAAAUAUAAGAUCAAAGACUAUGGACUUACAUUCACCCAGAAGUGGAACACAGAUAACACAUUGGGAACAGAAGUUUCCAUGGAGGAUCAGUUGGCUGAAGGAUUGAAGGUGGCUCUUGACACUACGUUUGUACCAAACACAGGGAAGAAGAGUGGAAAGUUGAAGACCUCCUACAAAAGAGAAUAUGUAAAUCUAGGCUGCAACAUAGACAUUGAUAUCUCUGGACCAACCAUCUAUGGCUGGGCAGUGUUGGGCUAUGAAGGCUGGCUUGCUGGCUACCAGAUGGCUUUUGAUACAGCCAAGUCUAAGCUUUCGCAAAAUAACUUUGCCUUGGGAUAUAAGGCAGGAGACUUUCAGCUGCACACUAAUGUGAAUGAUGGCACUGAGUUCGGUGGGUCUAUUUAUCAGAAGGUUAAUAAUAAGGUUGAGACAUCAGUCAAUCUUGCAUGGACUGCUGGCAGUAACAACACACGUUUUGGUAUUGCUGCUAAGUACCAACUGGAUGAGAAGACUUCCAUUGUGGCUAAAGUGAAUAAUGCCAGUCUGAUUGGAAUUGGUUACACUCAUGCCCUCCGACCUGGUGUAAAGCUGACCCUCUCAGGCUUGAUUGAUGGCAAGAAUUUCAGUGCUGGAGGUCACAAAGUUGGGCUGGGAUUUGAGCUGGAAGCUUAAUGCAGCUUUAAGUAAAACAACAGGUGGUGCUCUGGAAGAUGAAGGAAAAGUGUACCCAGUGUGUUUCGGCCUUAAUAUUACUCUGAAAUUUCAAGAAGCGUGAACUUUCUACUCUUCCAAAGAAUCAUUUUAACCCAACACUGAAAUCCAGAGAGUACCAGCACAUCAAAGGAAGAUACUUGAAGGCAUGCAUGGAAGUUGUGAUGUUUGUGCCACAUUUCACUUCAUUUUCCCAUAUUUUAAAUCUGUUCCUAAAAACAGAAGAAAAUCCCACCUCUCUCCAUUAUUGUAUUACAUCCUGCAUGUCCUGUACUUCACAGCCUCUUAUAAAAGGUGGUCUCUGUGCUGUAGUGGAAAUCUGGGUUUACAUCAGAAUGAAAUAAACUGGUCACAGUUGGAACAUAAUGUUGGUGUGUCUUGUCUGUCAGUAAGGUUCAGAAAAGCUAUGUUUCA